GUCCCUUCGGCUCGAUCUGACCCUCUGCUGCUUUCUGUCGUACGGAACCGGCCCGGAACAGCCCAUCUAUUCGUUAACGAGCAAUGCACAACGGACACGAAUGGAGAAACGUCGGCGGCUUCGGCUCCCGUUCCAGAUGUCGUGCAGAUGGACUACUCAACAGACUUCCCUAAAUUGCCUGAGGCUGCUCCAGCUGCUGCCAAAGUUUUAGGAGCAUGGUCGAGGCCAGCUGUGGGAACUAAGACGAUUGUCCAUUCCUUCAUCCUGGCCGCUGACGAACGUGCCAACAAGGUGAAAACUUUUGGAGGAAACACAAGUGAAGAACAUAAGAAGUGCCAAGCAGUGGCUGCCGCUACAGGUACUCGCAUUGAAUUGAGUGAGUCGAAGGAUGGCGCUUUGACCGUUGUGAUCAAAGGACUUCGUAACAAAGUGGAGGAUGCACGAGCUCGACUUGUUCGUGACUUGCAAACUCAAGCUAGCCGCGAUUUGGACAUUCCAAAGGAUCAUCACAGGAAACUCAUAGGCAAGGAAGGUUCCGCUCUGCGACAACUAGAGGCUGACACAAAUUGUCGUAUCACCAUCCCUAGUAGGGACACACCAUCACAGACUAUCAAAAUCGUUGGACCUCGCGAAGGUAUCGAGAAGGCGGUUGCUUACAUCAAGUCUGUCUCGGACAGAGAGUCGAAGUUAGCGACGGAACACAUAGUUUGCCCUCGCAUCUUCUAUCCAUUCGUUCGUGGACCAUUCAAUGAAACCUACGACAGUCUUACGCAAGAAACAGGUGCUAAGAUCAACAUUCCACCGAGUCAAGCUAAUAAUGAGGUGAUUGUCAUUACUGGAGAGAAGGAAGGCGUGCACAAAGCUGCUGCAGUUAUCCGCGGCAUCGUUGCAGAUAAGCAGGCUACGGUGAAGUCGGUGACGUGCACAGUUGCACGUGCUCAACAUCGCUUUAUCGUGGGACAGCAGCGAUGCGGUCUCCACACCAUUCUCAAGGAAACUGGCGUUUCUGUUGAGGUCCCUAACGAGGAUGAGAAUUCCGACACGAUCACUUUGAGAGGAGAUCCAAGCAAGCUCGGCGAAGCCCUAGCACUGGUUUAUCAGAGGGCUAGCUCUGUCAUUACACAACAGUUGCCGGCACCUUCUUGGCUCCAUAAGCAUCUCAUUGGCCCGAAGGGAUCAACUCUCCAGGGUCUCAUACCUAAUCGUGGAAAGGUCCAGAUCGACUUUGAAGACUCUGGAAACAUUUUCCUUGAAGGUGCUCCUGAAGAAGUUAAGGCCGCCUUUAAUGUCCUCUCAGCGGAGGUUGCUCGUCUUGAAAAGGAAAUGGCUAUUGAGAAGGUCAAGGUUCACCCAAGUCUUCAUAGACACGUUAUCGGCAGAGGUGGUGCCCUGAUUUCGAAGAUCAAGGAUGAGACUGGUGUACAGAUUUCCAUUCCCAAUGAGCAAACCAACUCGGAUGAGAUUGUCGUUGAGGGCAAGAAGGACGGUGUGAAGAAGGCUGUGGAAGAGAUUCGCGCAAUCGUAUCCAAGAUUGAAAACGAGAAAUCCAGAGAUAUCAUCAUCGAACAACGUCUUCACAAAUUAAUUAUCGGAACGAAAGGCGAGAAUAUUGGAAAAAUCCGUGAAGCUCAUCCCAAUGUUGUUCUAUCUUUCCCCGAUGUCAACAAGAAGUCUGAUGUUAUCAAUAUUCGUGGUGAUAAGGCCGAAGUCGAUAAGGUUUACAAGCAGCUACAGACGAUUGCAAAAGAACUGAUCGAAAGCAACUAUCAGCAGACAGUCCCCAUAUUCAAGGAAUUCCACAAGCAUAUCAUCGGUAAAGGAGGAGCUACCAUCAGAAAAAUUCGCGAAGAAACCCAAACUCGCAUUGAUUUGCCGGAGGGUGACUCUGGUGAGGAGCGCAUUACUGUUACCGGAAAGAAGGCGAAUGUGGAGAAGGCAAUCGAUCAGCUGAAUAAGAUUCAAAACGAACUUGCAAACAUUGAAACAGUCGAGGUGGAUAUUCCAGUGAAGGUGCAGUCUCGCCUUCUUGGUAAUGGACGUCGUCUCAUUUCUGACAUCGAGGAAGAGUGCGGUGGAGUUCACAUCAAAUUCCCAGCGGAGAAGAGCGAGAGCACUAAGGUAACGAUACGUGGCCCGAAGGGUGACGUAGAGAAAGCACGGAAACUUCUUACCGACUUAGCCAAGGAUAAGGAAAUCAACUUACACGAAGACACAGUCGUUGCUAAACCCGAGUUCCACCGCUUCUUGAUUGGAAAGGGCGGUACCAAGAUUAAUAAGAUUCGCGAACAUUACGAUGUACGGGUCAUGUUCCCAAGAGAGACGGAUGAAGACAAGGAAACUAUUCACUUACUAGGUAAAAAGGAAGAUGUAUUGAAGGUGAAGAAGGAAUUGGAAGAGAAUGUUAAACAACUCAAUGAGACCAUCGAAGCCACGAUCGAGGUUGACACUAAACAUCACAGACACUUUGUUAUGCGGGGAGCUGCCGUUUUGCGAGAAAUUCAGGAACAAAAUGGUGGUGUAACAAUAUCUUUCCCCAAGAUGGGUACCGAUUCCACAACAGUUCACAUCAAGGGCUCAAAACAAUGCGUUGAAUCGGCUAAAGCUCGAAUUGAGGAAAUUGUGGAAGACAUUGAAAAACAAGUCAACAUGCAAGUGGAGAUUCCAUCGCAAUUCCAUCGAGCUCUUCUGGUCAAUCGUGGACAAAAAAUUCAUGAUCUUCAGUCAAAGCACGGCGUUCUCAUCCGCUUCCCCGAUCGCCGAGCAGAAGGUUCCGAGGACGCUGACUCGCAUGCAGCGGAUAUGGUAACCAUAUCUGGUCGCGACACGAAGUGCGAAGCGGCAAAGAUUGAACUUUUGUCUAUGGUUCCAGUAUCAAAAGUCAUUAACGUGCCUAUCGAGAUGCAUAGAGGUCUGAUCGGACGUGGAGGAGAGACGGUACGAAAACUCAUGCAAGACUUUGACGUCAACAUCUCUAUUCCGAAAAAUAACGAGAGUGAUGAAAUCACUGUAACUGGUCCAUCGGAGAACGUCGAAGAAGCGCUAGAAAAGAUCAGGGAAAAGAUUGCUGAGUUUGAAGCUCAAGCUGAAGAUAGGAAGCUGCGUUCCUUCCAACUAGUGAUCGAUGUCCCUGCCGAAUAUCACCAACGCGUGAUCGGUCCUAAAGGAGCCACAGUGAAUGCACUCAGGGCUAAGCAUGACGUUCAAAUCAGCCUGCCGCGCGGGGACGACAAAUCCGAUCAGAUUACCAUCCAAGGCUACGAGGCUGCGGCACGUGCGUGUGCGGCGGAAAUUGACGAGAUGAUUGAAGAGAUUCGCUCCAUGUUCACGCAGGAGGUAUCCAUCGAUGCAGGAUUCCAUCCUCGUAUGAUCGGUGUUCGUGGAAAAAAUCUCAAGAAGCUGAUGGAAGACUACGGAGUGGAAAUCCGCUUCCCUCGUGAUGCAGCUGAUCCAAACCUCGUCAUCAUCGCUGGCAAAAGCGAAGAUGCUGUGUAUGACUGUAUCGAUCAUCUGAGAAUUGAGGAGGAAGAAUACCUCGCUGAUCACAUCGAUAGGAAUCAGUUCAUUUCUACGCGCGUGCAAGAGCAGCCGAAAACGAACAAGCCGAUCCAGAUGAACAACGCUCCAUGGCAGCUGGAUAUCGGAAGUGCUGAGCACUUCCCAGACAUGGGUUCUUCCACUCCAUCACAUGCAGGCGUGGGCGGUGCAUGGGGAAGCGCGCGUCGCUGGUGA